UCUCCGCUACCCUUUCAACAAAUUUAUCAAACACCAGAAAAGAAAAGUAAAAGGACAGCCGUUGGAUCUAGGGUUUAUCAACAUGCCGAAGAACAAGGGAAAGGGAGGGAAGAACAGGAAGAGGGGGAAGAACGAGGCAGAUGACGAGAAACGGGAGCUCGUUUUCAAGGAAGAUGGACAGGAAUACGCCCAGGUGUUGCGUAUGUUGGGGAACGGCAGAUGCGAAGCCACGUGCAUCGACGGAACUAAGCGUCUCUGCCAUAUCCGUGGAAAGAUGCACAAGAAGGUCUGGAUUGCUGCUGGCGAUAUUAUUCUCGUUGGCCUCCGUGAUUAUCAGGUCUCUAUUUUCCCCCCUUUUUAGUAUUUUUACUCGUAUUAAGCCCUAGAUUAGCGAUGCAGACGACGUCCAUGGUGACCAUAUUCCAAAACUACUAAUUAAAAGUUGUGUAGGGGGGGAUAGGGAAGCCUCUAUUCAUUCCCCCUUCUCAUUUUACAUUCUUGAAUUACAAUAGAGUGAUAGACACAUAUUUCCACCAAAUCUGAAGAAUUAGUAGCAAAUAAAACCAUAAUUUAAAACUGAUUUAU